CUGGAAGAAGAAUAACUAAUGCUCCAUAAUUGAUUAUCGAUUGUGGGUUUUCCUUUUUGCCUUUCCUUUUUGGUGGCGUGUGAUGAAACACUCCGAUUCUGUAACGCUUGAGAAAUUACAGAGAGGAAAUUAAGAGCAGAAUUUGGAGACAGACUAGAAAUGUUAGAAAGCCUCGACUUUGAUUGAUUGACAGCUGUUGGCUAUGGCUUUAACUCGCAACAGGAGUUUGAAUUUCCAAUUAUGUGGAAAAUGUUUCUCAUAAGCUGGACUCAUGAACUGGCAAGGCUUAAAUUUCGUCUCGUAGCUCGCAAAAUACAGAAGGAUUCACAGCAGUUUUUUUUCCCUCUUCUUUAUUUCUUUCCAUCUGUUUUUGUCUGAAAGUUCAAGGAUUCAAGAUAUGUUCAAAUUGGCUUUGAUUAUAUGUGCUAUUUCACUUCAAAUUUGGGGAGUUCUAUUUUAACAUUGAAAAAUAGUCCAUUAUAUUUGCCUUAAUUCAUGCUACAAGCAUAGAAGAACAUCAAGUAAAUUAUUAUAGUAAGAUGGUUGAUUUCCAGAUGGACAAACACAAGAGUCGAACAAAAAAAGAAACAAAAUCAUUGAAAAAAGCGUUUACCUAUUUCUCGAAUUAGUUAUAGAGUUAUAGGGAGUAGGUUUUUAUAUAAUAAUGGUGAUGAAGAUAUAGCUUCGAUGUAGUCUAUUAUUGGUGGUGUCUUUUUUGGAUGUCUGGAUUUAUUUUUUUAUACUAUGUUCGAACUGCUGCUAAUGUAUUUGGACAAUGGUUUUUUGUUUUGUUUUUUUAAAUAAAAUGUUAAAUGGUUAGUGCUGGAAUGAUUAGUUACUUUUAAAGCUAAGCUUCGGCCGCUUUGUUAUGAUUCUCCAUUUAAAAAUACACUUCGUUUAGGGCAUCUCAUUUAACUAUUGGGGCUUUUGAUUAUGAGGUGAGAUUCCUAUCCAUCUAUAUGUAUUAAGUAAUGUAGUUAUUUUAGUACCAAAUAAUUAGAGUAAGUGGGAUUUGUCGCUCAUUUUUAGGAAUGCCAUUUUUUUUUUAAUCUUCAUUCUUAUCUACUUGAGCCUCACAGUUGGACGAGUUUAUUUUAGGGAUGUAUAAAAAAUAUAUCUGUAUUGGAAGAUACACAAUCCUUUUAAAAAAUAUUGCCAGAAUUUGGCCGUGAACAUGCCAAAAAAAAAAAAAGAAGAAGAAAAGAAAAGAAAAAGACAAUGAAUUUGAAUCCUAAAAACUCAUUUUGUCGCUAUGAUCUUUUCAUUAAUUUUCAUUCCAUUCAUUAAAACGCUAAAUUUCAAUUAUUAUUCAGAGCUCGGUGCUUUUUCCAAGCUAUAGAUUUACUAAUUUGGUCUGUUACAUGUAUUGUACUCCGUUUUAACCAUUACAACAACUCUACCCUUCAACCUUAAACCCUAAAUUUUAAGAUUAAAUUAUCCCAAUUUUAUAUAAUUCAUUCCUUUGGACAAUACAAAUGUUAUAUUGAAUAUGUAUGGAAAUGGCUCGGUAGGUGGGAGCUGACAAAAUGGGACUAGCAAAGUUAUCUACAUCCGACGAAAAUCCCGUUGACACAAACUUAGGGAGGGCGGCUUGACACAUACUUAGGGAGGGCGGCUAGCAUGAGAUUAGUAGGAGAUCGAUCUAUUGACACCAGAUAUAUAUGCAUUAGAGCGGUAGGGUUGCAUUUUCCAAGGCUCCUUUAUAAAAGGUAGUUCCACAUUUUCAAAGGGAUGCAAUUUGUAAGCAAUCUCUUAUCAUGCUCGUCCAGAUAAUAGCUUAGAUUAAGUAUUAACUUAAGUUUCAGAUUGUUCGUGAUCGAGCACCACAACCAAUCCAUCUUGUUUGCAUGUCAUCAGCUUAGUAGACUCCGAGUCCACCUCGACUCUCAUGCUUUAAUAUCACCUCGUCCAAGAUCCUACGUAACAACAAACCAAAAUUAUACAAACCCAACAUCAUAAAAACCAAGGCAAAGCAAUAUAUUUGGAUUUGACCAAAAUUAAAAGAUACACAAAACACCAUUUUCAUUAGAAACAUAUAGAUAGAAGAGAACAGUAGUGAAAUCAAAGGGUCCCAAAACCCAUGUGAAGAAACCUCUCCUAAAAAGCAGCUAUAUAUAUAUAUAUAUAUUUCUAAUUCCAAGCCUCACUGUCGUCAACUCAACACAGAGUUGAUGGAGCUACAUCUCUUUGUCUGCCCAUAUCAACAAUAUUACAACCAAAACACUAAAAGUACUACCACAAACAGUACCCUUUUUUUUUGCUCAAGUUCUUGGCAAAAUAACUUCAAAAUAUAAGGUGAACAAUAUUAGAGCCUUAAAAAGGUUCUCCAUAAUUACGAUUAAUUAUAAGCCUCUUCAUAAUAUAGAAGCUCACAGAAUCAAUCAUACAUAAUCAUUUAUUCCAUCGUUUUCUUAAAAGUAAAGUUUUGGUACUUUUGUGAAGCAUCGUUUUCGUUGCCCGAAAAAGAGGACCAAACUUGGACAUGGGAUAACGAAAGGCAACAGAAAACUUUACAUUCCCUUUUUUUCUUUUCUUGGGAGGAAUUUUCUAUUAAGUUUUUCUGAUCAUUAAUUGAUUUGAACUUUUUUGCACCAAAACACAGACAUGAUCAAACUAAAUCAUUCAAAUAAAACCCCAAAACAGCUUUUCAGAUUGAAAUUGAGCUAAAAAAUAUAUUAUCUUUUCAGAUCACUUUUUUUUCGUCUUUCCCUGAAACCCCUUUUACUUACAAGGUCCAAAAUAGGUAUAAAAGUGGUUCAUGAACCAGAUCAUACAGAGAAGAGAGAGCCCCACAAAGCUAGACAACUUCAAAGUCACACAGAAAAGAGGAGUGGUAGCUGUAGAUGAAAGCAAAGAAAGAAAAGUUUACGACAGAUCGCGGACCGCAAUCCCAUUACUGAGAUUCAGAACGAUUCAUAUUCCGUGCAUUGCCCACCAGACGAGACGACGAAUCGAAUCGUGGCCUUCCCCUUCCUCUUCCGUUCUUAAAACAUCAUUACUCUUCAGCUCCUCUGCAUCUCUCUGAUUAUUUCCAUGGAAGAACACAACGGAAUCGGACUGUUCGCCAAUUGACCUCCAUUUUUUUUGCACAAUUCUCGUCUUCCUGUAACCUGACCAUGUGUUCUUGUAAGCGUACGAUUUCCUGUUUCUCCGAUCCUCUCUUUUCUACUCUCCUCACUUUCUUCGCUCUCAUUCUUCUCUCAUUCCCUCGCAUUUUCUGGCCACUCCUCUUCUCCCCGGUCCCUCUCCUCACCGGACUCCUCCUCCUCUCUCUGCUCCGCCUCGGCGCAACUCAGAGAUUUCCACGCCACAUUAAGGACAAGAAUCAAAUAGAAUCCGAAAUCGGAAGCAGAGCCGCCGCUGUAGUACCGCCGGAGGAAGAAGAUCGCGGCCGGGACGACGCCGUAGUAAGUAAAUUAGGAGGCGGAGGAGGAAUUUGUGAUAUUGUUUCGUGCGCGUGCUUCGAGGAAUCGUUCGUGCAGUGGAAUGUGAGGGCGCCGUUGGAGGUUAUCUACGAGGAGUACGAAGGGGAAGACGAUAAGGACGUUUCGAACGAGAGCGAUCCGUUUACGGAAACGGAGCCCCGACCGGUACCGGUACGCAUCGAGCGGUAUCCAUCGCUGUCGCUGUACUAUCCCGAGACCGACUCCGAUAGCUCUUCGGACGACGAGUUUCCGAUUCCCGGAGCGUGGGAUUCACUUGACAGUCUGUGCUUCAUGUGGGACGACGGUGAAGACAGGGAUGAACUGAUCGAGAUUGCGUUGGAUAAGACGACGAACAAGAUGAAGGCAUCAUCGGAAUUAUUUCAGUUGGAGGAGGAGAAUUUGAUAGAGAUCGAUAUUUCCCCAACGAGAAGCGAUGAGUUUCCCGGUGAGGUUUAGGUUCAAUUAAUGUGGAUUAAUUACAUUACAUGAACAUGAACAUGAGCAUGAGCAUGAACAUUUGAUGUGGGUGUUUUGAAUUUGGAUAGAAAGGAACAAAUAUAUAUAGAGAAGAAAUUUGAGUAUUCAAUUAUUUUUCUUUUUUCGUGACGAGGAGAAUCUGAACUUUUCUGUACUUCGAAUCUUGGAAUUAAUGCUCACUCGGGGACA